AAGAAGGUGGGGUGAAAUCGCCAGCAUCACCCUAAUUUAUAUACUACUCCGUUGAAGAAGUCCCUUCUUCGCCAGCAGGGGAAAGGGGGGGUGGGAAGAGAAAAGAAGAAAAAGGGCAGUCGCAGGAUUUCGGGCAAUUGCAAAGAGAUCCGAAAAGAAGUCUGGAUUUAAAAAAGAAAUAGGAACACGCUGGGCUCGCUGGAUUUUGCACAGAGCGGCCAUCUCAGCUGGAAGCAAUUAUUUGGAAUUGAUUUUUUUGUUGUUUUUGUUUUUAAUUUUGCAUCCAUGGAGUUACUUUGUAUCUACUCCUAAAAGAAGGGCAUCAUCUUCGGAUCCUACAAGGGGGAUGGUUCGCCCCCUGCGCAAUGGUGCCGGAUUAGUCUUUGCAAAGGGAGAUUCCAUGAGCGGUUACGUUUUUGGAGCAUCUCUCCCCACACCUCUCUGGUAACCCGAGGGACAGUCUCAACUCUUGGAGGACGCUCUUUCGCAGCCAAGAUGGAAGAGAAACGGCGAAAGUACUCGAUCAGCAGUGAUAACUCAGACACCACUGACAGUCAGACAACAUCAGCUUCAAGAUGCUCCAAAAUUCCAAAUACAAAAUCUGGUUGGUCAAGACAGAAGGAGAAGAAACCCUCAGAGGUUUUCCGUACCGAUCUGAUAACAGCUAUGAAAAUCCCAGAUUCUUACCAACUGAGCCCAGAUGAGUACUACAUCCUUGCUGAUCCCUGGAGGCAAGAAUGGGAGAAAGGUGUUCAGGUGCCUGCAAAUACAGAAACAAUCCCUGAACCAGUGGUUAGGAUCGUUCCUGUUCUAGAACAUUCAUCACCACAAACCUCACCAAGCAACCUGUCCAGCUCUGACAGUUUAGAUGUCACCAGGACAUACUCCCAAAGAGCAAGUCGCUAUGACUUGGAUGAAAUCGAUGCUUGCUGGCUGGAACUCUUCAACAUGGAGCUUAAGGAAAUGGAAAAGCCAGAGAUGGAUGAAUUCACCUUGGAAAGAGUACUGGAGGAGCUGGAGACGCUGUGCUAUGAGAACAUGAACGUUGCCAUCGAGACAGAGGAAGGUCUUGGCAUAGAGUACGAUGAGGAUGUCGUGUGUGAUGUGUGCCGCUCGCCAGAAGGAGAGGAUGGCAACGAGAUGGUUUUCUGUGACAAAUGCAACGUCUGUGUGCACCAGGCUUGCUAUGGAAUCCUGAAAGUUCCCAUCGGAAACUGGCUUUGCCGAACCUGUGCCCUUGGAGUCCAGCCAAAGUGUUUACUCUGCCCAAAGAGAGGGGGAGCUCUGAAACCCACCCGGAGUGGGACAAAAUGGGUCCACGUUAGCUGUGCCUUAUGGAUACCUGAAGUUAGCAUUGGAUGCCCUGAAAAAAUGGAACCCAUUACGAAGAUAUCACAUAUCCCAGCAAGCAGAUGGGCUUUGUCAUGCAGUCUUUGCAAGGAGUGCACUGGAACAUGUAUUCAGUGUUCCAUGCCUUCCUGCAUCACAGCCUUCCACGUAACAUGCGCCUUUGAACGCAAUCUGGACAUGCGGACGCUUUUAGCAGAGAACGACGAGGUGAAGUUCAAGUCCUUCUGUCUUGAGCACAGCAGUGGUGCCACUAAGCCACCAGACGAAGCACGGACGGAUGCAGAUCAAGGCAAGCUGGAUAUGGAAAAAGUAACGCUGAGGAAACAGAAGCUCCAGCAGUUGGAGGAAGACUUCUAUGAUCUUGUGAAGCCCUCUGAGGUGGCUGAGAACCUUGACUUGACUGAGGGGCUAGUUGAUUUUGUCUAUCAGUACUGGAAGUUAAAGAGGAAAGCCAAUUACAACAAGCCUCUAAUGAUGCCCAAAACAGAUGAGGUGGACAACUUGGCUCAGCAAGAGCAAGAUGUGCUGUACCGACGCUUGAAGCUCUUCACACACCUCAGGCAAGAUCUUGAAAGGGUUAGGAAUCUCUGUUACAUGGUGACAAGGCGAGAGAAAAUGAAGCACUCCAUUUGCAAACUCCAGGAACAGAUCUUCCACCUUCAGAUGAAACUUAUUGAGAAGGACCUUUACCCAGAGCAAACUGGAAGGAAAACGAAGGGAAGAAGAAGUGACCCAAAAAGAAAAGGAAGAGACGAUAGGAAAAGCAGCCCAGAGAAGAAAGAAAAGAGGAAAUCUGGGAAUGAGUUAGUACUGGGGCAGCUGGGUUUGUCCACUUCCUUUCCCAUUGAUGGGACCUUCUUCAACAGCUGGCUGGCUCAAUCUGUACAGAUCACCACAGAGAACAUGGCAAUGAGCGAAUGGUCCUUGAACAAUGACCACCAUGAAGACACCACCCCAGGCCUUUCUGAGGAACUUCUACAAGACGAAGAGACCUUGCUGAGUUUCAUGAUGGAUCAUUCCCUGAAGUCCCCGUUGAAGCACAGUGACACGGCAAAGAAAGCUAGGAGCAAAGUGCGCACGCACACGAAGAAGAAAGCAGCAAGGAACGGCUUGAGUACCAUCUUUAAGAGACACCAAGAGGACUCACAUCACUGGACUAAUGUGAGCUCUUUGCCAGAUAGCACCACCAAGUCGUCACCCCAUGAUUUAAGAAACAGCAAAGCAGAGAAAGGUGGAGACAAACUUCAGCCAGAGCGCAAGGUGAUGUGUGAAGUGAAAAAGUCGGCUAAGAAGGGCUCUUCACACCCCACAGCUCUUCCAAAAACAAAUGAUUCACAUGCCUCCCAGAGCCUGAUAAGUAACCUGAGCAAUGAGAAGGAGGAACCACUGAAAUAUACUCCAUCUUCUGAUCCCAAACCCCUGGUUAAAGUGCCUGAUUCAGUAGGUAGUCCGAAAACAGUAGUGAGGUUCAGAUUACCAAAAGAAGGCAGAGGGACUCGGAGAUCCCAGAGCGAGAAGCCUGCUGAGCUGGUUAAUGGACCUUCAGGAAGUGAGAGGUCGAAAGUUAUCUUACACCCUUUCGACAAUGAGACUGAUGGCUACUUCUCAGAUGCAGAAAUGAGUGACUCUGACACAGAAUCUGGUAGUGGCAGAGGGCACCAUAGCCAAUUAGAUUCAGGAAAUGAGGAUAAUUUCAGAAUGAGCAUUUUGGCAUCCUAAUACGCCAGAUAGACCAAUUGUGACAGCUCUGUGAGCCCUAAAUCCAGUUACAACUGCCAUGUCUAAUUUCCACCUGGUAUCAUAACAGGGUUUUGUUUUUUGUUUUGUUUUUAAUUUGUAUAUAUAGUUUGAGAAAAAGAAAAGUUGUUUUUCCUCUUCUCUGUUUGACUCAAAGCUUCACUGACUUAGACUUAUAUACUGUAACAGUAGCUAGCCUCUCCUAGUCAAAACAUGUGUAUCAUAGUGAAACAAAAUGCAAGCAUGUGCAUUAUUAGGGACUAGUGCUUGCUGGUAGUGAGCAGGACACCCUAGAAUUUUAACGAGGAGGCCUGAGAUUGCCAGUAUCUGUUGUUCAUGCAGGGAUGACAGCUUUAUGGGCAUUAUUUAAACCAAGCAAAUAGAUUUCAUGGUCUGCCUGGUAUUGCCUCUGUUUAGCAGGCUGCAGAAUGGGGGUACUAUUGCAGUAGCCAACUAUAUACACAGAACUUAUGGAAAAGUAAAUUGUGUGUGUGCAUGUGUGCGUGUAUGCAUACAUCUGCGGGAUUUGUCAGUUUGUGUGUGUGUGUGUGUGUGUGUGCGCACGCAACUAUGAAGUAAAAUAAGCGAUUAUUUUUUAAAGAAGCACAACAAGCUUAUUUGAAGAAAGCACUUAAUGGUUGGAGGAAAGACAACAUUGUAUUUAUGGUCUUUUAAAUCCUUGAUUUUUCUUUUUUACCUCCAGUUAGAUCCAAGUCCAUCCAAGGGUUCGGGAACCAAGAUUUAGCCCUAUCACUCGCAACUUACCAGCUGGGCAGCACCAUAAACCCUCAUCCAAGGGUCUCAGUAGAUAAAAUAAUGACAUAUCUUUGUUAAAGCUGCUCUGCUUUUAAUCGGUAUGCCUCCUGAGUGACUUCCAAUAUUAUUUAUUGGUAAAACCUAAACCUUUGGGUGUCUGAAGCAAUUCCCAUAAUUUGCUCAGGUUGAUUAAAGUAGCCUCUUACCAAAACACAAUGGAGAUCAUAGGACGGAAGAUGCAACUCCAUGAACCUGAGAAAAAUAUUACUCAAAUGUGUUGGGUUUGGGUUUUGUUUUUGUUUUUUUAAUCAAAUGGCUUCAGUUCCCAUAAAAGAGGUCAUUCUUACAUUUUCAGCUUAAAUACCCAAAUUAUUGCUCCUGUUCAGGGAGCAAAACACGUAAACUUCCUCUGUACAAUCAUUUUACUGUAGACAAUCCAGAGGCGAUUGAACCUUUUUUCCUUUGCCAUUUCUUUUCUUUCUUUAAACACUGUAAUGGAAUUGAUGGUUUUACUACCCUUUCACCCUUCCAUUUCAAAACUGAAAUCCUACUAGGAGGCCGUUGAAAGUGAUAUACAGAUGUCACCAUUCUAAAUAUUUCAAUACUGUUGUGCAUAAAUUGUGUCUAGUACGCCUUAAGUGUCAUUCAGAAACUCAUAUUACCAAUGAGUCACACAGGUUUUCCAUGUUUGCACUUAAUUACACCAUUACUUCAGUUUUGGCUUCAAAGGUCAUGGUUAAGGUUUGCUACAUACUUUCUUGGAGUGACCCCAGUGUGAGCUCAGGGAACAAAAACAAAAAGGAAAGUGAACGUCACUAAAACUUUUUGUUGUUGGUAUGUUACUUUAAAUGUGUGUAUGUGAGCGUGUGCGUAUAGAUAUAGAUAUAUAUACUGGGACACUUCCGCUUGUUAAUCCAUCACUUUCAAACUGGGGGAGAUGAAGACGUUGCAGUUGUUCAGAUGAAUCAGUUAAAUUAUUUUAUGGAUGCCAAAGAAUAUUUUGAGAAUAGCACAGCCAGAAACCGGAAAUUUGUCAUUUUGGGGAGGGGGGGUGAUGAAUGAAUGAAAGCUGUUUAGCUGCAAAAGGACUAAAUCAGUGUUCAUGACACAGCUGAGGCAUUAGGUUGCAAGCUUGCUGAAGAUGAUGCUUUUAUCAUUUGGAUCACAUCCCACCAUUUUGAUUUCUGAUGCUCUUUGCUCAUUGCAUUCUGAGCAAUGUUGGUUUUAUGUUUUCUGAUGCCAGAUAUUGGCUGUCCUUGGUUUUUUGAGAGUCAGUCAUUUUACAAGCCUUCCAAAGUCCUUAAUAUCACUCCAGUUGAGCCACAACCUGGAGAACCUUUAUUCUGAAAAGAAACCAAAAUCAGGAGCCAAACACACAUCAGUGUUUUUGCUGAUUUGAGAAGUUAUGUUUGCAAAAUGAUUUUUCAAAAGCACUGACUGAAAUGGAACAAUUUGGUAUUUGCCUAACCCGUACGAGUUGGCAAGUAAAUUCUGCUCCUUAAUUAAGGCUUGGUAUGUUCUGAUAAUGUUAAAUACAGUAAAUAGGACUUAGUUUUAUCUUAUCAAGCUUGCUAGGCUUUAGCUACAAUAUCCUAGUUAUGUCAUACAAAUAAUCAAUAUGCUGCCUUUUAAUGGCUCUUGCUUCCGUGUGCUUCAGUUCAACUAUAGCUUAAAAAAAAGAGAAACAGAAAUCCAGAAUUCUCACUGUACACAGCUUUGUUCAUCAGCUACUGCAUAACCUGCCUGCUCACCAGUACAGAACAGCAAAAGGAACAAACUUUAAAGAACAACCAAACUAAAGCAGCACCUAUCGUCUUGAUUUGGAUUAUAUGUAGCACUCCGAGACACUCCCAUUGUUACUGUGAAUAAGUAGUAAUAGUGAACCAAAAACAAAAAUUAAAAAUAUAUGGAAAAAAGAAGAAAUACUUUUCUCCCAUUCUAGCACAUUCAGCCCAUUAAUGACACCCUGUAGACAAAGUCUCUGAAAUUACACCAAGGACUUUCACACUAGGAGAAGCCCCCGCCCCAAAUGGAAGAGAGCCAGGGCUGCCGUUGCUCACAUGGGAAACCAAAGCCCUGUGGAGUCUUGGAUCGCAGCUUUUCCAUGUAAUAUAUCCACGUUUGCAACUAACGGGGAAUAACACUGGGUGUAUGUGGAUUCUGGCCUUUUUGUGUGGAGAAAGAUGAAAGAAAAAGAUGCAGAAUACUUUACUGGAAGCCAGGAAUAUAACAUUGUUCCUAACUAGUUGAUGACAAUGCUCUUCUGUUCACAAUGCCCUUCUGGCUUGGAUCCAGAAGGGGCUUCUGCAAACAGAAGAAUGGGGCACACAUUCCCCAUGCAGCCCCCCACCUCCCAUGAUGAAGAUUGGGGGGGGGGCAGGGGGAAGGGAGAAGUAGUAUUUUAAACAAUUGUGGCACAUGUGAAGAGAAGAACACCAUUGGAUCCACCUCUGCGUUAGAAAAUGUAUUCAGUGUAGACAAGCAUACAGUAGGAUACAUAACUACUUUUACCUUGUUGCUUUGGCAAAACCUUAGUAUUUUUGUAUAACUGCUGUGAAAUCCCUUGAUCUGGAUUCUGUAAUGUGCUUGGCCUGGCAAUAAUUCUCCUAACGUAACUGCAGAUGUGGUGGCGGCGGCCAGUGAGUGCCUUAGAACCAGGCAUUGUCUCUGGAAUUGUAGAGGAGCCCAUGUAUGCUGCCACCUUACAUGCAAAAUGCAGUGCUAAGUAUGCAGAAGUCCUCCGUAUGGUUAGUCCAGGUUCACCUCUGGCAUCAAUUUUGGUAUAUAUCUGGCUGGCCACGCUAAAAUGUUCGUAGCAAAAAGCAUUGCUGAUGAAAAGGGAUUUUCUGGCAGUGCAGCUCUGACUUACUUUAAAUCAUUUCCAGUUCUGAUUAUUUCAUAUAGUCUCCAGUAGUGACCAUCUAAAGUCUUGUUGACGUUUCUGUGCGGUUGACAUAUCUUCAUAUUGCUCAAAAAUAUUUUUAGAAGAUCUUCCUUUGCUGUUUUGCACUUGCCUUUUUCUCAGCAACAGCAACAACAAAGAUUUGCGUAAAGGAAGAAGAAAUUGUCCAUGGAAAAUAUUUUUAUGAACUGUAAAUGUAUUUUGAGAUGAACAGAGAGCAUAUAUGGUCUAUUUUAUUAAGCAACGGUCUUUAAGAUGAUGUGUGAACGGCAAGCAUUUGUAUUUGCAAUGUAAAGGAUGAAUCUCAUUUCCUUUGGAAAAGCAGCGUCAUGCUUUGGCAUUAACAUGGUCAUAACGAUUCUCCUCUUUUGUUCAUCAACAAGAAUCAAAUCUUGCUUUUAAAAUAUCAGUGUUCGGUCAACUGAAUUGCCUAAAGGCACUUUUGUAGCAUAUUUUGCAUCUCUUUGAAGAUUUUAACAUUUAUUAUUAAAAAAUAAAAUUAAACUAUUAUUUGACAGAGCUUUUCCUCAAAACACAAUGGAGAAUUAGCCAUUUCUGCAGGAAGAAGGGAGAAGAUUUCAAUCCCACCUGGCUUCCCUGCCCCCCCCCAUGAGCGCCUCAGAGUGAGGUUUUUGCAAGCUCUCAUAAAAAAAGACUCCUGUUUCCUGUUACCAGGUAGGUGUGUUAAUUUGGUUGUUCUUUAAGGAAACUGUAGUAUACUUUGCUCCAUUCCACACAGACGCAAAACAGGCCCACUCCAUAUCAGUUACAGGAAACGAUAUGAAUGUCACAGGAGGUAAAGCCCUUCUGUUUUCUUUGUUUCAAAGAAAGUGAUGUGCCAUUUGUUAAUAUAAAAGAGAAAUAUUGAAAAUAUAUUGAAAAGAGCAAUUUUAAAUUAUUUUUGGCUUAUGUUGCGAUAUUUAUUUUCUUGUAUUAGAAAUUCCUUUGUAGAGAAAAAAAUGUAUUUUUCAUUAAUGCAAAAACCUAUUUCUCCUUUUGUACAUUUUCCAUGUUAGUUAAUCCUUAAAGCAAUAUAAUGUAUCAAAAGUUGUUCUGUGUGAAAGCUGUAUUAUGCAUGCUGUUCGUGUUGCUUUGGAAUAGGUCUGUCUGCCAUAAUUUUCAUCAUGUUUCGAUUCAGUGUAUGCUUUAAUACACAUUGGGACCAUGAACCAUUUGCUUAUAUAAAAAAGAAAAGAAAUACCUUUGCAUUCUUCAAUGUGUUGGCAAAUGCAGUCAAUAAAGCCGUGUUUUCUGUGUA